UGAAGACCAGCUUGGAUCUCUAAUCCUGAGACCAGCUCCUGAGCACCUGUCCUAGACCACCCCCAGGAACUCUAGUUACUUCAUCGCCUGCUCUGCCCCAUGCCUCUAACCCUUCUCCCCACUGCUGUCCCCAGGUCACCCCCAAGGUCCCAUACCUGCCACUGUCACAAAGAAAGAAACUGAUGACAUUCCCCAGGCCACCAGCAGGGUCACUUCUAAGAUCUUGACCCUCUUGCCCUCCACCCCUAACAGGUAGAUAUGUUCCUGGCCAGGACCCCUCCUCAAAGCUCCCUUAACUCCCCAGGGCCAUCUUCCCCAGCCCCUAGUCUGCCACCCCUCCCCGAAUAAAGUUCUGUAUUUUGAGUCUGAGUCUAGCUGCGGGCUGGAGUUUCCUUCCACCCCCACAUCCGAUGAAAAGGGGAAGUAGGUUGGGCUCUAGCCACAACUGCAGUUGAAGAACUUCAAACAGGUGGAAAAUUAUUGGACUCAGGGCUCAACGCCCUAGAAACCCUCAAGUGGGACUGGUGGAGCGCCUUCGUGCUGGAAACUUCAUAUUCAUCUGAGGCUUUUCAAAGGGAAGACGCCUAGUUGUGGCAGAUUGGAGGAUUCACAACCCAGAGGAGUUUGGGGUUAGGAUCUAAGGCGCUGUGGCCGGAAGUCCUACAGUCUCGGGCCCCCAGGCUGCACGCACCGCUGGGAUGAGGCCCCAGCACCUCUUGUCUGCUGCGCUGUUCCUGGCCCAAGCGGUGCCACAUGAAGCCUCACAACACUGCAACCGCCUUGAGUACUGGAACCCUGACAACCUGUGCUGUGGCAGCUGCCUACAGCGCUUUGGGCCUCCCCCGUGCCCCGACUAUGAGUUUUCAGAAAACUGCGGGCUCAAUGACUUUGGUGAUCAUGUAAUGCACCCCUUCCAAGAGUGUCCUCGUGGGCAGUGCAAUCCGGAUCUCGCAGAGCUAUGUAGCUUCUGUGGCAGCGGAACCAGGGCUCCUACUCCCGAGGGAAGCCGGCAGCGCUGUGGAGAGGUGCUGAAGCCUGCCCCUACCAAGGAGCCCUGUCCCCUGAAGCCUGAAACACUCAGCGUCCUAAGCUCACAGGAGACCAGCUCACCAGCCAUUUCCAGCCCCCCUCGAACAACUGAACACACCAUCCCUUGGCAGGCCUUGCUGACUUUUGCCCUGCCCCUGGUGCUGGUUUUGCUCGUGACCUCAGCAGCCAUCCUCCUGUUCGCCCGGAAAAGGCACAGUCCCUACCUCCCCUAUCCUGGCUCCAACACCUCUGGAGGCUCUCUGGUGACAUCGGAAGCAGAGCUGCCAAAUCUGGCAUCACAGCCCCUGUCUCGCCUUCUGGAUGAGUUGGAGGUGCUGGAGGAGCUGAUUGUGCUGCUGGACCCUGAGCCUGGGCCAGGUGGGGCUUUGGCCUGUGGUACUACUCGACACCUGGCUGCAAAAUAUGGACUGCCUGCUUCCUGGUCCACCUUUGCCUACUCACUGCGACCCAGCCACUCGCCUCUGCGUGCCCUCAUUGAGAUGGUGGUGGCAAGGGAGCCCUCUGCUUCUCUGGGCCAGCUUGGCACACACCUGGCCCAGCUAGGGCGGGCAGAUGCCCUGCAGGUGCUGUCUAAACUUGCCUGAUCUGGAGCUCGCCUGGCCUAGUACUCAAUAAAGUUUCCCUUGAAAUUAA